AUGAAUCCAACGACUCUGCCCUUGGCAGAUCCUUCGCCCAUCGAGAAGCUGCCCGCCGAGUUACUAGAGUGCAUGCUGCUGGAAGUUGCGAAGCAUGCUGUACCGCCAGUCACCGAAGACGAAGACAUUGGAUCUGUUGUCUAUCGAUACGCCCAGGAAGAGGAGCAAGCGUGUUCGCUCGCAUUUCGCCUCACGAGCCGCCGCUUCCGUAAUUGUUCAUGGAAGGCUUUCGGUGCUUACCUGGGCGAAACAAUAUUCGAUCUGAGAUCGCGUCAAAGUAUAUCCAACCUUACCGCGGCGUCUACGUGCGAGCCUCUGGCUCCUUGGGUUACAAAACUUAUUAUAGCCUGCGCUGAAGUGCCCCCGGGGUACCCACUCGAUCAUGGGGCAAUGCCGAUGCGGAUGGAGCAGGCAGAGUGGGAUCAACUACGCCAAGACUCUUACUCAGAUCUACUACAAAUCAAAUUGGCUGAAGACUCUUGGUACCCCCGCAUCUGGAAGCAGAAGGGUUACGGAUCUCCAAUGACGGGUAGCGGCAUUCCUACUUCCGCAUCGCCUCCACGUCUUGCUAGAGCCUCCACCUCUAUGAGUAUCAUCCAGGAGGCCGGGAUGAGGGCCCUUCAAGAGGUCUUAGCCCAGGCUUUGUUCUGCUUCAAGAACAUUGACAAUAUCGAAUUCUACCACCAGCCUCGUACCCGACCCGGGCGAUAUCAUAACCUAUUCCAGAAGUUUCGAAAUAUCCCACGCUACCGCGAAGAAGAGGAUAUGAGAAAUGCUGGUAAUAUAGCUCAUCUUGGCCUUCAAAUCCUCAUUCAAGCCAUGGUAGCAUCGAAGAUCACAGUCCGCACGAUGACUCUGGCCGUCGAUCUCGAUGAACAUCACGCGUUCAUCACCAACAUCCCCUCUGUAAUCUUCGCGAAAGCCAGUCAAAAGGUAGAAACGCUUGUUCUAAGAGACAUGUACUGCCCCUACUACCAAACACUAUCAUAUAGAAAGAAGGGUAAAGUACCCGCCACGAAUAGCUCUUAA